AUGUUACUAAUAAUAUUUUUCCUCUUUUUUCUACUCAGAUAUUCGUCUGCGGUAGACUCCUUCGAUGGACCACUAAUACUGUCCAAUUCCUAUAAUAUAUCACAGUAUCUCACGUACAAGAAAGUUUACCAAUUAAACUCACGUUUAGAAAACUCCAAUGAAAAUGUCAAAACGGUAACAUUGUUAGACAUUAUCUUUACAUUAAUAUCAAGGGAGGGGACUUUACCCAAUAGCAGAAAAACAAAAGAGCCACGUGGUUAUGUUGAUGCUGAACUGAUAUUAAGUUUGACUAACAAUUUUGAGAAGUUGUUGGUGGUGAAUUGGAUGAACCAUAAAGAACCAUAUUCAUUGGAAAGCAUAGAUUAUCAUUCGAACGUCAUAAAUACAUUUUUAGGUCAUAUAGAUGGGUUGAACUCUUUUUCUCAAAAAUUGAAAGAACUUUAUUCUUCUCUCACGUGGUGGGAACUGAUACUUGUGGGAGAUUCAGUUCAACAAGCUACGAACAGUUUUAUUAAGUACCAAGAUUGGAAAUUACGUCGAUUGAUCAAGAAAAGGUUAUCUAAGGGGGCAGAUGAUGAUAUUAUUAUUUCAGAUGAGUUUAAUGAUGGGCUUCGCCUGUUGAAAUACUCCAAAUAUUCAAUCAGGGCAGCCAUUGGAACUUUGGAGAUUAUUCACAAGCAUAAAUUUCGUGACAUCCUUGCAUUGAUUAGAUUAGAAUUCCCUGGGGAUUCCGAGGUCAAGAAUACUCAAGUAGGCGUUAAUGAUGCGUUACUAGACUCCUUAGCAAGAGUAUUAGCAUCUGAUGAUUCAGUUACCGCACAAGAUCGAGCUGGAAACAUAAUUUAUUUAAGAAGUUCGUUUCAAAGAAUCGUGAAGGCAGUUGUACUAGCCUUUUUCUGCACGGGUAUCAGUUUUACAAGUUGUGCCGUUGUAUUUGGUAUGCUCGCAAGUGUUGGGCUGGUAGUAUGGCUAUUGCUCUUAUUGAGGGUUCUUUUAACUGAUGGCCCAUAA